AUGUGUAACAAGAAGUCGACAGUUGUAGUCACGGAUGGCUGUGAUUCGAUGAAAGCUGCAAUCAAGUCUAUUUUUCCAGAGGUAACACAUCGAUUUUGUGCUUGGCAUAUGGAGAAGAACGUAACCGCUAAUGUGAAGGAAGAGGGAAUGCGGCAAUGUUUCACCCGGUGGCUGUACUCAGAUAUGGAAAUAGAUGAAUUCGAGGCUGAGUGGGAUGAUGCCGUUGAAGAGUAUGGGUUCCAAAAUAGUUUUUGGGCCAAAGAAACUUUUCAUAAGAGGAUGAUGUGGGCUAAUGCGUAUCUACGAGACAAGUUCUGUGCAGGUUUUCGAACAACAUCCCGAUAUAUACACACAUUGGAGGAAUACGGCGACUCAAGUAGAGAGAUGAUGGUGUUGUACGAUAGGGUUUCAAGGAAAAUGGAGUGCCGAUGCAAUUUUUGGAGCCAAAAGAAAAUUCCUUGUCGUCACAUAUUUUUUGUAAUGAAGCAUAAGCAUUUGACUCAAAUUCCUGAAAGGCUGGUUCUGAAGAGGUGGCACAAGGAUGCAAAGUCGUUGGAUAAAUAUGCCGAGAUAACGGAAGUUGGUAGUAAAAGGGGUUUCUUGCAGCGCCAUGGUGCACUUCAUGCAGCCACACAGUUGAUGGUAUAUGUUGGAGCUAGGUGCCCAUCGUCAUUCACACAUGUGCUUAACGAUCUCUAUACACUGUGUCAGGAACUGGAUAGAGGCCAUGAAAAUGUCUGUCAGAAGAAAGCACACGAUACGAUUGAUUUACAUGACCCUGAUGUGGUGAAGACCAAGGGUGCCCCUCGUGUCCAAUUCGACAAGGGCAAAAAAGGUGAUCCUAAACCCAACAAAUUGGCUAUGCAGGUAGAUUUAGAGGAAUCAGGUUCAAAGAUUAGAUUAGAAGAUGAAAUACCUGCUGCAACUGGAUUUAGUGAGACGAUGGAAUACGAUAGGAACAUGAGAAGUAACACAGAUGAGUUACUCACAUAG